AUGGAUGCAGAGCCACUAGCCAAAGGAAGAGCAUUCACUUUUAUAAAGGUAGACAAGAUCAUGAAUGAGAAACUUGUGAGCCGGAACAAGACAGAAUCUUUGCUUUUUGAGGUGAUCCUCAUUGCAAAGGAGUGUUCAGAACAAAUCAAAAUUAAGAUAGUUGAGAGUGUAAAGCAUUAUGGUCUAGAAAUAUGCCAAUUUUACUUCUGCAAAAAGGAAGAACUCAUAAAUACUCUUCAAUCACUCAAAGUUAAGCUGUUCCUCUCUACUGACAGGGAUGAUAUCUAUAAAGCUCUACAUACAGGAAUUCCUGCCGCUUUGCUCUACGAUCAGGCUGAUCAAAAUGUACGUGAUCAGCUAAAGGUCAUUUUCUCAGGUGAUGUCAUUGGGUUCUCAGAGGAUUCACUUGAUAGACUUACAGAUUUUGGAUUCAGUGAAACCCAAAUACAGACUUUCAAAGCUGCAAAGACUUGCAUGAAAGAGUUUGCCAUUCUGAUUGGCGAGAUGAGGACGAGGUUUGGCCGUGAAAACAGCCCUCUCUGCACUUGUCUUAUAACAACAUGGGGUUCUAGAAAUGUCUGUGCCUCCCCGUCUAUUGGCUGUACAAACAGAUAG